GCACGCGAGCGCGCUGGCCGAUUGGGCGGGGUGGCACGAAGGAGAGCCUGCGCGCUUCCGGGUAGGAGCUUGGAGAGGUCGGAGGCGAAGGACGUCGCUGGGGUUGCAGGCGCUGGGCCCUCCGUGAGGCUGAGCGCCGUGGCCUCAACAUGUACAUUGGGAAGCUUUUCCAGUCCUCUCCUCUCCCGUGGAGUGCGGCCUUGAAACACAUCUGGGGCAGGCACCAGGGAACCCAUCGAUGGACGCAUUCUGGAGGCAGCAGCACCUACAGAGCGGUGAUUUUCGACAUGGGCGGAGUUCUCAUUCCUUCUCCAGGGAGCGUGGCUGCAGAAUGGGAGGUACAGAAUCACAUUCCUUCUGGAACUAUUUUGAAAGCCUUGAUCACAGGUGGUGAAAGUGGGCCCUGGAUGAGAUUUAUGAGAGGAGAGAUGAAAACAGAGGAGUUCUUACAAGAAUUUGGGAAGCUUUGCUCUGAAAUGACAAAGACCUUGGUGCCCGUGGACUCAUUUUUCUCUCUGUUGACGAGUAAGCAAGUGGCAAAGCAGUUCCCAGUGAUGACUGAGGCCAUAACUCGAAUUCGGGCAAAAGGCCUUCAGACGGCGGUCUUGAGCAAUAAUUUUCACCUUCCCAAUGGAAAAAGCUUUUUGCCCCUGGAUCGGAAUCAGUUUGAUGUGGUUGUGGAAUCCUGCCUGGAAGGAGUGUGUAAGCCAGACCUCAGGAUAUACAAGCUGUGCUUAGAGCAGCUCGGCCUGCAGCCCUCCGAGGCCAUCUUUCUUGACGAUCUUGGACCGAACCUAAAAGCAGCUGCCAGACUUGGUAUUCACACCAUUAAGGUUAAUGACCCUGAGACCGCAGUAAAGGAGUUAGAAACUCUUUUGGGUUUUACAUUAAGAAUGGGCAUUCCAAACACUCGUCCUGUGAGAAAGACCAUGGAGAUUCCAAAAGAUUCCUUGGAGAAGUACCUCAAAGGCUUACUAGGGAUCCAAACCACAGGCCCAUUGGAACUCCUCCAGUUUGACCAUGGGCAGUCAAAUCCAACAUAUUACGUCAGGCUGGCCCAUCACCAGCUGGUUCUGAGGAAGAAACCCCCAGGGACACUCCUUCCAUCUGCCCACGCCAUUGAGAGGGAGUUCAGAGUAAUGAAAGCGCUUGCAAGUGCUGGUGUGCCCGUCCCCCAUGUUCUCGACCUCUGUGAAGAUUCAAGUGUCAUCGGCACUCCUUUCUAUUUGAUGGAGUACUGCCCAGGCCUCAUCUACAAAGACCCUUCCUUGCCAGGCUUGGAGCCCAGCCAGAGACGAGCCAUAUAUACUGCCAUGAACAGAGUCCUGUGCAAAAUUCACAGUGUGGACCUGAAGGCUGUGGGCCUGGAAGACUACGGGAAGCAAGGAGACUACCUUGCACGCCAGGUGCAAACCUGGAUUAAACAGUACCGAGCCUCAGCAACUGGACGCAUCCCCACGAUGGAGAGGCUCAUUGAAUGGCUGCCACUCCAUCUUCCCCGUCAACAGAGGACCGCGGUGGUACACGGGGACUUCAGGCUCGACAACAUAAUGUUCCAUCCAGAAAAGACAGAGGUGCUUGCUGUCCUUGACUGGGAGCUUUCUACCUUAGGUGACCCUCUGGCUGACGUGGCCUACAGCUGCCUGGCUCACCACCUGCCCUCCAGUUUUGCCUUGCUGAAAGGUAUCAGUGACUGUGAUGUGACUCAGCUGGGAAUCCCUACCGUGGAAGAGUAUCUCAGCAUGUACUGUCUUCACAUGGGCAUCCCUCCCGUUGAGAACUGGAACUUCUACAUGGCUUUCUCCUUCUUCCGGGUGGCUGCAAUUCUCCAGGGCGUCUAUAAGCGCUCGCUCACAGGGCAAGCAAGCUCAGCAACAGCUGAACAAAGUGGAAAGCUGGCUGAAUUUAUGUCUGACUUGGCAUGGGAUUUUGCAGUCAAAGAAGGGUUCCGGGUUUUCAAAGAGAUGCCAGCUGCCAAGCCAUUAACAAGGUCCUAUCACACACGGGCCGGUCCACAGUCUCAUUGGAGCCGCACAGGCACCAGGAUUUACAGCUCCAUUCCAGAAGGUUCCCCAGCUCAUGCCUCCAAGGGCUCCCUGGUCAUCUCUCCAGAGGGCCUUUCCCCACGUGCCAGUGCUCUGUAUCAGCGGCUGAAGCGGUUCAUGGCGCAGCAUGUGUACCCGGCGGAGCCAGAGCUGCAGAGGCACCAGACCUCAGCGGAUAGAUGGAACCCUUCCCCACUGAUAGAAGACUUCAAGGAGAAAGCCAAGGCUGAAGGACUUUGGAACCUUUUUCUACCCUUGGAGGUUGAUCCCGAGAAAAAAUACGGAGCAGGACUGACCAAUGUGGAGUAUGCCCAUCUGUGUGAACUCAUGGGCACGUCUCUGUAUGCGCCCGAGAUAUUUAACUGCUCGGCUCCCGACACUGGGAACAUGGAGCUUCUGGUGCGGUACGGGACCGAGGCGCAGAAGGCCCGCUGGCUGAUCCCCUUGUUGGAGGGCAAGGCCCGUUCUUGUUUUGCUAUGACCGAGCCCCAGGUUGCCUCAUCAGAUGCUACCAACAUCGAGGCUUCCAUUCGAGAGGAGGAUGGCUUCUAUGUCCUAAACGGUCACAAGUGGUGGACCACAGGCAUCCUGGAUCCUCGCUGCCAACUCUGUGUGUUUAUGGGGAAAACAGACCCACACGCCUCAAGCCAUCAGCAGCAGUCUGUGCUCUUGGUUCCCAUGGAAACCCCGGGCAUAAAAGUCAUCAGGCCUUUGACGGUGUAUGGGCUGGAGGACGCGCCAGGUGGCCACGGUGAAGUGCGCUUUGAGCACGUGCGUGUGCCCAAGGAGAACAUGGUCCUGGGCCCUGGUCGUGGCUUCGAGAUUGCCCAGGGCCGUCUGGGUCCCGGCAGGAUCCACCACUGUAUGAGGCUGGUUGGCUUCUCCGAGAGGGCCCUGGCGCUCAUGAAGGCUCGCGUGAGGGCCCGCGUGGCCUUUGGGAAACCACUGGCGGAGCAGGGCACAAUCCUGGCAGACAUCGCCCAGUCGCGCGUGGAGAUUGAGCAGGCGCGGCUGCUGGUGCUGAAAGCUGCCCACCUCAUGGACGUGGCAGGGAACAAGGCUGCAGCUUCCGAAAUAGCCAUGAUCAAAAUGGUAGCCCCGUCCAUGGCCUGCAGAGUGAUUGAUCGUGCUAUUCAGGCCUUUGGAGCAGCAGGGCUGAGCAGCGACUAUCCCCUGGCUCAGUUCUUCGCCUGGGCCCGAGCGCUGCGCUUUGCUGACGGCCCUGAUGAGGUGCACCGGGCAACUGUGGCCAAGAUAGAGCUGAAGCACCGCACUUAGACCUGCAGACUGCAGCCUCCGGGCCAAGCCCCACCCAACACUUGCCUACACUGUGAAUGAAGUCUUUAAGGCUUGGUCUGUGUGGCUCCUGCAGCUCUCUUCCAGUCAGGCGGGUGAGCCUGACCCGAGUUUGUUUCAGGCAGGGAGGAAGGGAAUUAGCUGAUAGUCAAGUGGCUUUGGGUCAGAGCCUGAAAGCUGGCUCUCUCUCUCGGUGCCAGACUAGGCAACCUGUGUCCCCCACGUACCCUGUGGGCAUCUGGACACAUAUCUGAAGCCUUUAGACACAAGGGUUAACCAGGCCUGCCUGUCCAGAAGCAGUGCACGUAUCCCUCCCUGGCAAGCAGAGGGGCAGCCAUGACCGGCCAGAUGGUGGUGCAGCUGUAACACAAGGCACUCUGGGAAGGUUCUGGGUUCAUAUACAGAGAUCUCCCUGAACAGACCAGGGUGUGCAUGCCCACGACAUGGCUGAGGCUGGGGGCAGACUAUGUGUGAGGACUCUUUUGGGGGGUGCUAUCUCUCUGGCUCUCUCUUUCUGCCUCAUCCAUGGAGUAAAGAAGGAAACUUUUAUAAACAAACAAAUAAAUAACUCAGGGCCAGACACUCUCCUGGGAAAAUGACACCAAAUCAUGAAGCCACCAGCAUCUAAUGUUCUUCAUCUGAGUGUCCACAACACAGAACACUAAUUAAAAUGUUAUUUUUGGGA